GGCUCGUUGUUGCUAUGGCGACAACAAAAAGUUUUCUCAGCUGUGGGCCUACAACUUCUAAAGAAGUUCCUUGCUGUCAAAAAGGCAGAUGGGCGGCCAUAAAAGCCUGAUCAAUUGAAUUGGCGAUAAAAAGCGAUUAAUGAUUUGAAGACAAGCCUAAUUUAGAAUGAUGUAGCUGUUAACAAUGGCAGGCUCACAGUACAGAACAAAGAUAGUUGGUGGAAAACUGGUUCAAGUGCCGGACUUUGAUUAUGUCAAGGAAUAUAAUCAAGGCUUUAAUCCCUUUAGUCAACAAAGCUUUAGCAAAUAUCAGAAGAGUAGACAUAAUUAUCAUAAGUAUGGGAGCAGUGAUGGCCCCCGAUUUGAUAGGGGACUACUAGAUACAGAAAAGCAACUUUACAUGCGCAAUGGUGCCUUGCCAAACAAACUCACCACAUCAAGUCUCGACUUGGACCAAAGACGAAGUAACCAACUUCAGGCAGAAAGAAACAAACGGCGAGCUCAAGAGCAACUCCAGUCCUCGUCUUUGGUGUUAGACCCAAUAGAAAAUGAUAAAGAUGAAAACAGCAGUGAAAACGAAAGAGACAACAAUGCAUUGGCAGAGCAAGUUGCUGAUUGCCUCAAAAGCACAAACAAGCAAAAGCUGGCUUACGCCUUGAGAGCCAUGACACGGCUCGACUCCAACGGCAGUGGAUAUAUCACAGUGAGAGAGUUUAGGGAUGUGUUGCUGAUGUAUCAGAUAUUCAUAAUUGGCGGAACGCUGGAGAAGCUCGUUGAGAAAUACAGGAACAAUAAUGGAAAAAUUAACUAUAAGCAUCUUUGGGAUUUUGUCACAGAUUCCUACAAUGCUACAUCCAUGAACCCAUCAACAAAAGAUUCAACCGAGAAUGAAACUGAAGAGGCGAAACUUUUCAAUGCUGCAGUCAAGCGUGUUCAGAAGUAUUUCAGAAAUUACUCACAGAAGCACAGUCAAGCAUUUGAUUUCGAGGAAAUAACCAACUCUCUGGAAAACUGCGACAGAAGCCGCUCACACCUUAUGAGAAUAAAGGAGAUAAGGAUCAUAUGCAGAUAUUACUUGAAAAUUGACAGCGAAACACUGGAUGUACUGUUGGAGCACUGCGAUCCACAAAAUAACGGAUGGAUAAACUAUUACAAAUUCAUAAACUUACUUAAAGAAGCACAACCAACCUACUUGCCGCCUAUCAAACAUAAAAGACGAGGUACGUUCAAUUUGGAUGAAGAAGUUAUGCCUAGUUUGGGUGCAAGCAAAAGUGACAAAAGCAUUGAACCCUUGGGCAGAGACAAAAGAGGUAUUGGUGACAGAAAUAAUUCUGACGGUAAUCGAGCAGUCAAAGGUAAAGGUAUUGAGGUCAAAGGUCAGAAGUCAAAAGCUAUGCAAGGUCAGAGGUCGGAGGUUAAAAGACAUUUGCCUGAUGAAACGCAGUUUGAUGUACAGCGAGAAACACCAAGGAGAAAAUGGUAUGAGAGCGAGGAAUCGUGGAUGAAACGGAAAAAGAGGCAUUUAAAACCUGUAGCAAAGCGAAAGAUGGUCGAAAGAAAGAAAUGGGAACACUCAGCGCCUGUUCGAAGCAUCAAGGAUUCCCAUGAGGAUGUGCUCUCUGAUGAAACGGAGGAGCCAACUGAUAAUUUUGAAUACUCCGACGAUGAAAUGGACAGCGGCAAUGUCAGUAAUCGAUGAAAUUCUUGGAACUAAAAUUUUGAGCUUAUCCAUUGGUUGCUUGCUAGGCAACAAGCUUGUUUGGUUGCUAGGCAACAAGCUUGUUUGGUUGCCUCUCAAGUUAGCUGCGAAACGGUUGGCUGAAGGAAAUCUUCAUCUUCAAACAAAGGCUGAUGACUAUCCAGACAGAGGUCCGUUUUCAUCAAAACGAGACAUCAGUUUGAUCAUUAAACACUCAGCGCCUGUUUGAAGCAACAAAGAUUCUCAUGGGACGGCAAAUUGACCCGGAUGGACUUGUGAAAGAACGCGAAAUGCCUAGUUUAUGUAGUUCCUCCAGGCUCUGGUCUUGCUUCUUAUUUUAUCAUUAAAGGGCCCUCAGAUUAAAAGAGGCAUCCAUUUCAUCACCAUUUUAUUUUUUACGACAAUGAUACACACAUGAGAGUUCAUCUUAACCUUUUUCUAUCAAAUACGUCUACAGGGCUGCUUUCCUGGCAAAACACCCAAUAAACACAUGAUCAAUUUGCUCACAUCUCUAAGCCCACCCAUCUUCCUAUCCAUACAAUGUUUUUACAUUUUCAUAUUACAUCAAAAUUAUUUAGAAUUAUUAAUAAUGUAGAAUUAGUUUGAUGAUAUUCCAUUAUGUGAUAUUACGUAGCUAAGCCAUUAUGUGGCAAGCUUCAUUAUAUGGAUUACGUAGCUAAACAGUAGAAUUUUAAAUAGGUUUUCAACAGGAACUUAAACGAUAAUUUAUAAUCUCAGAAUUAAAUGUAUUAAAAACACAUGACGGUUAUACAGCAAAGUUUUUAAUAACAGCUCAAUUGCUGAAACCUUCUGGGAAAACACAAUUAUGCCUAUUAAAACAUUACACCUUAUAUCCAUUGAUCUUUUUUAUUUUAUACGUCAUAUUAAGCUAUUUAAUAUCUAAUGGUUACCUAUUGUCCCUCAAACGAAUGUUUCAAAGUUCGACAAGGUGAACGAUACAGCAGUACGAUAGCAGUCACAUGCAAAAUCUCACAGGCGAUUUUUUUCACAGGCGAUAAUCAUUGUUUUUCUAUUUUUAGCCUACCCAAAUCCCCCCGGGGGGGAGGGGUACAUUCGAGAAAAUGUUGCCGAAAAUUUCCUUAAUUUUGAUACCUCUUCCCAGAGUUAUGAUGCAAUUCACAAUAUUCUGCCCCAUUCUGCGGCACAUCCCAUCGACAAAAUAUUGAAAUGCCUCCCCCCCCCCGGGUCAAGACCCCUGGCAUACGACACUUUCAGAUAUUCCGGAGCGGGGAAGGGGGGACUAUAGACCCUCACUUAUUUGCUGAUGUAUGAUAUCCGGUACUUGCUAUUUUGCAAACAGAGCAGCCAGGAAGCUUGAAACUGAACUAAAACUUUUGAGGCUAUAGAAAUAGCUUACGAAGCCCGCUACUAAGAUCAGCUUCCGUCUUCUGUAGCCCCUCCCCUAAUGUUUGCCAAUUUGUCUAAAGCCCCCUGCCCCAAAAUACGCCCCGACGUCCCUGACUAUAUCAGCGAUCAAAAAACCCCUAGGUUCCUGGAAGUUAAAUUUGAACCGGAACCUGACAACAAGUCAAAAUCGCACACAUUCAAAAAGGUAUUAGGAUAAAUCGUCUAUCUGUACUCGUAAACAUCAAAGCUUCCUUUACAAAAUUACCGAGGAGCAAUUCACUCUUGCAAAUAGCGUACGACAUUUUACCCAAAACAAAAUUAUUUUUAGGGAUUUUCAGAUAAAGCAGUAGGAUUUUCAUAAAAGGUGUACGAGAUUUUCUUGGAGUGAUUUGCCCCUCGAAAAUUACUACGUAUGAACAAUUAUUAUAAAAACAUAACACAAUUUUGAAAUGCAAUUUGAAAGUAAUUACUGCAAAGAUUAGGUUAUCGAAGCUUAUGUUUUGAAAUUGUAAAUAUGUUGGCGUGUAACUCGAGAUAUACCUUUGAAGAAGGGGUUUCAACUGUCGUGUUCUUUUUGUCUCCCUCUUUGUUUCUGCGGAACCUCUAAUUGUGACAAUAGCGUGAUGCACUCUCCUCCACAGCGGCUAUUGGGAGGGAAAUGGGGAGAGAGAAAAGGUGGAGCUGCGGAGAAUAGAAGGGAAAGGGCGGAGGAGAAAAAAUAUCGCCUCUGCCGCUAUUCUCUUUCUCCUUCUCCCUCGCAGCUCCUCCACUUUCCUUUUCUUCCACAUUUCCCUUUAAUUAUACCUUUUUUUCCCUCAUAAUCUUCUUCCCCAAUAGACUCUUUGGAGGAGAGUGAGCGUGAAUACAUAAUUUCUAGGGGCUACAUAAGUUCAAGGCUCCGAAAGUGUCCCAAAAUAUUGUCCUAUAAUGCUUAAAAACACAGCGCGACCAAAUGACACUAUAAUAGUUAUAAAAACGCGACAUAGAAGCAAAAAAAUCAGCAUAGUUUCAUAUUAUCGAUUCAAAAUAUGCAAAACAUCACACUCUAAUGAUAACAUAUGCAUUAUAAAAGAUGGCAAAAUACAAAAAAAACAUCGUCCUUUAAUAAGUCUCGUUAAAAAGUCCCAUAGCAUACACCAAAAUCAGGCCUACGUCAGUCUUAUGACCCUCUGUAUGUGACGUAAGAGAAAGGUGAAACCAAAAGCGGGAUAUGGUAGUGCUGUUUUGGGUCCUCUAUUCUGAAGACGAUAUCUGCUUUGGGGUGGAAAUGAUCUUUGCCUUCCUUCGUCCAAUAGCUUGCCAGGUUGUAUGAAAUUUUAUAGACUCCUACAAAGUAAAAAUUGAAGCUACAAUGGCUGCCGAAAGUCUUGCAACACUGACAUCAGUUUUCAAGGUCAAAUUAAGCCAUUCCUCUCUCCCCCAUGGAAUGAUUUUGGUUACUAAAAUCACUGCCACAAUUACUUGGAACAUCAAACAUUUUGUUUUCCCACACCUUUCCAGAGGUGGCGCCAGAAAUCU